AUGUCUUCGAAUGAGUGUGACAAUGGUGAAUCUGAAGUGCCAGAGAUUAUCAAGCCGUCAACUAUCCUAUCUUUGAGAAAGAAAGAUGAAAAUGAAUGGAGAGAGUUACAUGAAUGGUGCCUUAAAUUCAGAGUGGAGAAUAACUUGACAGUGAGAGAGUUCUUUAUUCUAUGUGGUAAGCCAGAGAGACCAUCAUUCCCAAAACUUUUAUCAAAAGGAGGAGCCGAGCAAAACCCAUCAUCAAAACCAUCAUCAGUCGGAGGAGAGCUUCGCGACAUCUUGAAGCAUGCAAUUAAAACUUUACCACCAAAGAUUGACUCGCCACCAAAGGAGUGUCUUUCCCUCCAUGAUAAGUUCGCCAUUGUAGAGGAGAGGUGCCAGGUAGCCAAUAUUCCGGUGUCGAUUGGCAAGAAAGUACAAACAAACCAACCUACUGUCUUCUCCCACUCCCCUCUAAAAGACGAGGAUAAAGCAAAAGUAUCUCAGAGUUUGAAGAAUAUGUGUAUAUAUGAAGAGCCAGAGUUUUCACACGAUGUCGCCAUUUCUACACCUCCAGAUGGGUAUUCAUUUGCCACAAACCACAUCGAUAAAAUCGGUGCACUCUCAACAUCGAUUUUAGAGGCAUCGAGCAAGAAAUCCGAUGUGGAAGGUAUUGUCAGAAUGAAUGGGGUGGUCUCUGGUUUUAAAAGCGGCACUGUCAUUGAACAUUAUGGAGAUUCGUUUGUAGUUUCUAAUUUUGCUCUAAGAGGUGAUUCUGGAGCACUGGUAGUAGAUGAUAAAAAUAAUGCUGUUGGAAUAGUAUCUAUGGUCUUAGGUGACAAUUCAAAAACAAAAGUGGUUAGAAUAACUAGUAUUGCUCCUUGGCUAGAGGAAAUCAUGGAACAUAAGAGUGAUCAAAUAGAACCGGCUGAGAAGGAUGUAAAGGUGGAAGUUAUGCACUCAAAAUUAUAA